GUGAAUACAGAUGCACCAUGGUGCAAUAUAAUCUGGAUUAGACAGCAGGUCCACCAGCCCAGUCACAAGACCUACAGGCACCGCCAUUCCCGUGGGUAUUGAUGUACAGGUGGAGAGCAUCGACAGCAUCUCAGAGGUCAACAUGGACUUUACCAUGACCCUGUAUUUGCGGCACUAUUGGAAGGAUGAGCGUCUGGCCUUCCCCUCCAGCAACAACAAGAGCCGCACAUUUGAUGCGCGGCUGGUGAAGAAGAUCUGGGUGCCCGAUGUCUUCUUUGUCCACUCCAAACGCUCCUUCAUCCAUGACACCACCAUGGAGAACAUCAUGCUCAGGGUCUACCCAGAUGGCAACAUCUUGUACAGCGUCAGGGUCACAGUCACUGCUCUAUGUUCCAUGGAUUUCAGCAGAUUUCCUCUAGACACACAGAACUGCUCUCUUGAGCUGGAGAGCUAUGCAUAUAAUGAGAAUGACUUAAUGCUGUACUGGAAGAAUGGAAACGAUUCAUUAAGAACUGAUGAGAUCUUGCUCUCUCAGUUUUUUAUUGAAGAAUUCAAUCCUUCCAAUGGGCUAGCCUUCUACAGCAGCACGGGCUGGUACAAUCGGCUGUAUAUAAACUUCAUUCUCAGGAGACACAUCUUCUUCUUCAUGCUGCAGACCUAUUUUCCCACAAUGCUGAUGGUCAUGCUCUCCUGGGUGUCCUUCUGGAUUGACAGGAGAGCGGUCCCUGCCCGAGUCUCUCUAGGUAUUACCACAGUACUGACCAUGUCCACCAUCAUCACGGGAGUGUCGGCCUCCAUGCCCCAGGUGUCAUACGUCAAGGCAGUGGACAUCUACCUGUGGGCCAGCUUCCUCUUUGUUUUCCUCUCUGUCAUUGAGUAUGCUGCCGUCAACUACUUCACCACUAUUGAAGAGAUGAAGAAGCUCAAGAGGGGAAAGCUUCCAGCCUCCUUCAAUGCCACCCAGGCUAUGGCCUUUGAUGGAUGUUUCCAUGACAAUGAGAUUGACAUCCCAUCCUUCCCAGAAAUCUCCAGUGCCAGUGUGGAGCAGCAGGUGGACCCCUGCAAUUCAUCAGAGCCCCCUCCUACCGAGGGUACAAGACUGAGGAGGAAACAUUCUGUCAGGAAAAACAUCAACUUCAUUAUGAGCAACAGCUACAUGAUUGACUCCUACUCACGCAUUCUCUUCCCUCUCGCAUACCUGCUCUUCAACAUCAUCUACUGGAGUAUGUACUCUUAAACACACCUGCUGCUCUGGAGUAUGUACUCUUAAACGCACCUGGUAUUCUGGAGUAUUUACUCUUAAACACAUGUUAUUCUGGAGUAUGUACUCUUAAACUCACCUGGUAUUCUGGAGUAUGUACUCUUAAACACACAUGUUAUUCUGGAGUAUGUACUCUUAAACGCACCUGUUACUUUGGAGUAUGUAAUCUUAAACACACCUAUUACUUUGGAGUUAAUACUUUUGAAGCACACUUGCUACUCUCGUGUAUAUCGUUGAACAACUCUUCUGUACCAACAGUGAAUUUAUACAUGUCAGUGCUACUGAUCCAUCAUUUUUAAAUCUUGUUUCUCUUUUUCUCCUGUUUUUGAGUGGCCUAAUUGUAGUUGUUGGACCAUCCGACUGCUGCACCUCUUUUCUUCUGAUUCUGGAGAGUGCAGGCUUGCGUGCAACCAGCUCCAGCUUGUCUUCACUCUGCCAUGAAUCAGAGGCUGCACAGUCAUUGCACUUCAGGACUGAUGUGCAGCUGUUCCUAAUGCAAAUGCUAAUACUAAUGAGUAUGCGCUAUAAGGUGUGAUGUUCCCACCUCUUGAGCACAGCACAACACUAACACAACACUUUUGUUCCUGAACCCAGCACACUUCAACACAAUAUUUUUGCUCCCAAACACCACAGCACAAUCAACUGUAAGCACACUCCUGAACAGAACACAGUAGCACACCCUCACACACAACUAUACAAUGCAGCAAUGUAACCAAGCAAUGUACUCUACCUUAACUAACCUUAACACCACAAUCUUGAACACAAAUCCACAGCUCUACACUACAAACAUUACAAUCUAAUGAAUGUCUGACCACAUCACUAUUGUAUGCAGUGGAGGGAAAUGUUGGAGGAGCAUCUGUGUGCCUGAAUAGAGAAAACCUGGAUUCAUACAGUAGCACAUUGAUCUCCAAUGCUUUUCUCCUGAUCGUUCAACUCUGGCACUUGGGUAGUUUGUCCAUAUAAUGAGCAGCCCUGUCCAAGUGAAGCCUGAUUAGUUGACUCCACCCUUUUGGAGAGGGCAGAAGAUAAUGAUAGGAGAAGUACUGAACUGCUGGAUAUCACACAACGCUAAACUGCACCAGCUGUCCCUGAAAUAGUUGUCAUCAAAGCCUGUACAGUGGUCAGAGCUUACGCUCUCUGUUCUUUCACUAAUGUGUAAGCAGAGUUUUGAUUUAUUUAUGUCUUUUGUAAUGUAGCUUUGUUUAUUGCUGUCAUUUACUGUAUGUAUGCACUUACUUUAAAGAACUAUAUGUAUGGAGUAACCAGUUCAUAUGUAUGUGUGUGUGUAGUGUAUAUUUUCGAAAGUGUCUGUGUGCAUCUGCUGUAUCAGCAAGUGUGUGUUCAUUUUGUAUCUGUGCAUGUGAGUGUGUGUAGGUGAGAGCUUGAAUGUAUAUGCAGAAGUACGCGUUUGUGUAAGUCAGAGUGUGCAUGGACGUGUACGUAUGUGUGUUUUUGUGUAUGUGAGAGUGUGCAUGGACGUGUGCGCAAGUGUGUGCUUGUGUAACUGUGAGAGCUUGCAUGGAUGUGUGUAUGGGUGUGUGUACGUGAGAGCUUACAUGGACGUGAGUCCAUUCAUGUUUGUGUAUGUGAGAGUGUGCAUGGACGUGUGCGCAUGUGUGUGCUUGUGUAACUGUGAGAGCUUGCAUGGAUGUGUGUAUGGGUGUGUGUACCUGAGAGCUUACAUGGACCUGUGUACAUUCAUGUUUGUAUAUGUGAGAGUGUGCAUGGACAUGUGCGCAUGUGUGUGCUUGUGUAACUGUGAGAGCUUGCAUGGAUGUGUGUAUGGGUGUGUGUACGUGAGAGCUUACAUGGACGUGAGUCCAUUCGUGUUUGUGUAUGUGAGAGCUUGCAUGGACUUGUGUUCAUGUGUGUGUUGUGUAUGUAAGAGCUUGCACAAACAUGUGUGCAUAGGUGUGUGUAUGUGAGAACUUACUUGGACUUGUGUUCAUGUGUGUUGUGUACGUGAGAGCUUGCACGAACGUGUGUGCAUGGGUGUGUGUAUGUGAGAGCUUGCAUGGAUGUGUGUGCAUGUGUGUGUGUACGUGUAGCUGGUGUGGAUGUGUGUCCAGAUGUGUCCACUAGUAUUUCUGUUUUUGUCCUGUUAAUGUACAUUUUCGUGCUGGAAAAGUUUUCAAAAUCUGAAAUUUAAGCAAAAAAAAAAACCUUUUC